AUGGAGGCGGAUGGACAGUCAUCGAGGCGACGUGGCAAUAGCCAACGUCGUAAGUUUAUUCGACGUGAUCAUGUUCAGGGACACGAGUGCAUAUUUCGUGAUUACUUUGCUGAAAAUCCAGUAUAUCCCUCGAAUCUAUUUCGAAGGAGAUUUCGGAUGAGUCGUCCCCUGUUUCUUCCUAUUCUAAAUGAAGUAGAGUCUUACAACCUGUACUUCGUCCAGAGAAGAGAUAAUGCCGGCCGACUCGGUUUAUCUUGUAUGCAAAAAAUCACCGCAGUACUUAGAAUGCUGGCGUAUGGGGUUACUGGAGAUUUUAUGGAUGAAUACAUACGUAUUGGUAAAAGCACCGUAAUGAAAAGUCUAAAAAAAUUUACUGAGACAGUAGUAACUGUUUUUUCAGAAGAAUAUCUAAGGUCUCCAACUGCUAAAGAUAUAGGCCGAUUGCUUGCAGUUGGUGAACAACGAGGAUUCCCAGGAAUGCUGGGAAGCAUUGAUUGCAUGCAUUGGAAGUGA